ACUCGCCGAGGCCUGAGCAACUCACCUUCGCUUCUUCCGUCUUUGUCGCAAGUCGGCGACAGCGCCUCGCAUGGAUUAUUCUGUGGUAUCACCACUCUCACGAUAAUCGAGUGCAAUAAUUCACUGAUUAAUCCCUCAUUAAAAAUCACGAAGCCGGCGUCAUUGAAGUCAACAGCAACAAGUGCCGGGCGUUGAGAAUUUUCAUAAUUCUCAUCUACGGAUUCAUCCACACGCUGCGUCCUUGAGCAAGAAGAAGGAUCUGAAAAAAAGAGGAGAUAAAACCGAGUGGAAGAUCGUGACAGGUAGACUGAAGAGUGUUAAGGGGCCAGCAACAGUAAGAGUUGAAGUCUUUCGUCGAUAGAUCGUCAAUAUCGACUGGAUAUUUCGAAUAAUAAUUUUUUAUUCGAAUGAUAACGUGUGAUACCGUGGCCAAGUGAUUCUGUGAUCUCAAUCGAUUCUCAUUAGUCCAUAGAAAAGAGUAAAAUACAUAACAAUAUGUCGUUGAAGGGUGAUAAAGUGCCGUGCGCUCGUCUCUGCCACAUCGUAAAAUGGGAGGACUUUGAUGGAUAUGGUUUCAAUCUUCACGCUGAACGGGGAAAAAAUGGACAAUUCAUUGGCAAAGUUGAUGAUGGAUCACCGAGCCAAGCUGCUGGUCUUCGACAGGGCGAUCGUAUUAUCGAAGUCAAUGAGAUUAACAUCGCAAAUGAGACACACAAACAAGUGGUGGAUCGCAUCAAGGCAUUUCCCAGUGAAACCAAGUUGUUGGUUGUUGACCAGGAGGCGGAUGACUAUUACAAGGCCAAUAACAUCAUCAUAAGGGGAACAAUGACGGGUAUCAAGGAGAUCAAGACACCUGAGAGAAAUCCCGCGAGCGUUGAGAGUGAGGAAAAAGCGGAUGGCAGUAUCAGCUCAAUCGAGGAGAAUAUGCAAAAGUCUAUCGGUUCAAAUGACACCUCCAACAGUGGAAGUACAGUGCCGGCAACAACAGCCUCCAUGAAUGAUGAAAACUCCCGACCCCAUGAAAAUACCCAAGAGAACGGCCGCAAAAGUGUAGAUGACAGCGAAGAAGGAGCACCAGUAGCCGAACACAUUGACGACCAUUCAGGCACGGGUAAUGGUGCUGUACCGGCAACAAAAAAGGGACUGAAUCUUAAAAUGAGUGCCAAGGAAUUACGUGCCAAGCUGGCUGCGCGUAAAAAAUACGAUCCCAAGAAGGAAUCAAUUGGCUUCAAAGAUAAAUUUGAUAUUGUUCAGAAAUUGUAAAUGGCGCAUUCCACAUUCUUCAACGAAUUACCAAUCCUUAUCACGAUUACUUCUGUUGAAAUGUUGAUUUUGUCUUAUCAUCUCGUCUCCGUCAUUGCGAUUUACAGCUCACAACAGACACAAUGAUUAAUACAACUUUUUAUUCUUCAUUUGGUGUAUAAGACAAUGUGGCUGUGUGCGAAAAUCGCAGUCCAUGUUUGAAGAAACCUCGUUCCUAAUUAUCACUUUUUUUUCUUCCACCUUUGUCACUGUGCAAUUGGCUUCCUAUGCAAUUAAAUUUCAUUACCUUUUAUUUUGUUAAUGCGAUUGGUUAAUCACUCGUUGUGAUGCACAUUUCAUCACUAGUUCCUUCUCAUACUCCCAUUCAAACGGAUAAUUGAGUGAUCUCGGGGAGAGAUACUAAUCAUGAAUGUGCAAUUCAAUGGACAAACGCAUACCUAAUGACUUAACAUUACGCAAUGAUUCAAUUACCGAGGUUUUCAGUAUACGAAUUGUAAACGAUGUUACUCAUCAUAAGAUAUUAUUCUCCAUUAGCGAUUUAUUUCAUUAAUUCUAUCCCAAAUCUGUCGUUAAGAGGUAAAAGCUGUUAUCUCAACUUUCAACUGAGUUGAGGGGGAUUUUUUUUGUUGUACUCAAUCGCUCAAAACUUUAAGUUAAUACAGCAGAAUAUUAUACUAUGAAAAAACAGCGGAAUUGUACAUUAAUGGAACGGACUAGUUAUACUUAACGAAUGCGACUGCGGUUCAUUAAUAGUUAACGAGUCGCGUUUGGAAUAAAUGAAUCAUUCCACCGCUGGAUAUUUCUGUUCAUAUGUAUUGGUCUUCAGUUUAUCAUAAUGAACUGAAAAUUAAUAUAUGAAUGAAUCUACCCAUACCUAUACUGCACUAUAUAAAAACUAUGUGUGGACCAGAUGCCUGUGCAAAUGAUUAAGAAAUAAGACCUUGACACCAAUUUUCAUUCAACUUUACCCCUUUGAGUUGAAUCUUAUAAUCACCAUAAGCUCUAGAUUUUCUCCCAAAAAAAUCACGGCCUUUCUGAUUGCACCGUACACAUCGUCUACAUUACCUUAUCUCCUUUUAUCACUUCACUACUGCAGUCAAUUAUCGUGUUUGGUGAAUCAUCAUAAUUGACCGAAAUGUUAUUAUGACUUGCGGUCAUUUACAUCGUAUCGAUUUCCCCACCUAUUCAGGCUUACAGUCAUCACGAUCGUCCGUUUAUCAAUGGAGAAAUCGAUGCCUGAAAAAUGUCCCCAAAUUGUCCAGAUGAUUCACUGAUUUCACAAUAUUCUUAUUUCGUUUCUCCUUCAAUGGUACAAUACCAAUACUUAGUUGAUAAUGACCUUGAAAAUUUAUCAUUCACCUGGAAGGGUGGGGCAAUAUGGAGCGGUGGGAAGAAAUGAAUGUGGAACGACAAUGAGAUAGUUUUGAGAACUCAGAAUUAAUAAUUCGACGUUGAGGGGGCCCCCAAAAUUCGCCACUACUCUACUUACCCAGCAUUCCAUUCUAUCUCACCCUAUGUCAAUUGAUUGAUAAAUUAUAUAGCAUGCUAUCAGCCCAGAUAUUUAAUUAUGCGAUGAGAGCGUAAUAAUUUAUAGUUGGACUCGAGCUGUAAGCUUUUUCGUGAACACAUAUUGGUGCAAUCAUCAUCAGGAUUAAAAAUGCGAAUUCUCUGGUACAAGAAUCGCACAAUAACGUUUAAGUAAAAAUGACGAAAGCAUUGCAGUCCUGAUUAUUGUAAAUAUCGGGAAGGGGUGGAACCCCCGGGGAUGAGUCGGUAUAAGUUUUUGGAAAAUUGGGGAAUAUUUCGCUCCUUCUCUCGACGCAUGAUGGAAAUUGUCAGUUUGAUAGAUCAGCCGUUGGUGUAGGCUCUCCACCAAUGACCUAGUAUGUAUAUAGAUGAUCAGUACGUUGUGCAUAAGAAUACCGAAGCCAAUUACACACGUUGUUACAAACAUCGCACACUUUCAACGUUAUUACAUAAGUUUAGAUGAGUUAAUAUUUGUUUGGCGCAUUCGACUGCGUAUGUAUGAGUAUUGUUGUUCUUGUGUACUUGUAAAUACAUACAACGUUGAAGAGUU